AUGGCUUCACAAACUUCCCUCAAAGACCUGUCCAAGGCGAUCACCGCCUUCACAGCCAGCCCCCAGGCCCCUCUACCCGACGACCUGACAGAGACCAUCGGCUCCUACCUCCAACGCCAUUCCAAGUACGAGGAAGCAGCGGCAGACCGGCUCCAGGAGGAGCUCGUAUCCAUCUUCGACAAACAUGUCAGAGGCAAUCAAGAUGCCUCCUCCGUGUGGGUUGGCGUUAUCCGACAGCUGCUACCCAUGCUGCAAACCGCCGAACGAGUGACGUUCUGGGUGGAUGUUCUCAAAGAAACUCUAAGCGAGCGAUCAUCCCACGAGAAGGGCAUCGUGGACGAAACGGUCGGAUCGUUGAUGGACAUAGUGAGCUUCGCGGUCGAUUUUCAGGAUAAAUUCGAGGGAGACGAGCCCUUGAACGCUAUUAUGCAUCAUAUGUUCGCGAUCUGGAUGGACUGCUUCUACCCGGCCUUCGUAAAGGGUGUUGCGGGAAUGGAGUUCAAUGAACGUAUAUUUCGCCAGGCAAUCAUUCAAUUUGGAAAGAUGCGACCACAGCAAUUCUUCGCCUCUCUCGAUAGCUUCUUCGUCCAAGCCCAGCAUCGCAAGGCUGCCCUCCGAUUCUUAUGCGACUUUAUACAGAGCCAUCCUCCACAUCUGCAUCAGAUCCUUCAAGGGACCAUGUUCAAGAAUCUUCUGACCUGCCUGCAAGAAGAUACGUCUACGGUUGUUGUUUCGUCAGCCCUGACUGCCUUGAUAAUGCUGUUGCCACAUAUGCCAAGCUCUCUUGUGCCACAUCUUCCAGUCUUGUUCAACAUUUAUGCCCGGCUAUUGUUCUGGACUCAGGAAAAAGCAGGUGUGACUGAAACGCCAUCUCAUGAUCCGGAAAGGUUUAGUGGGUGGGAGCCUUGUGAGCAUGUUUUCGGGGCCAGCGAUGAGGCCGUGUCUCAUUUGGCAAACUACUACACGAUUCUAUAUGGACUGUAUCCCAUUAAUUUCAUGGACUAUAUCCGGAAACCACAGCGAUAUCUACGCCACGCCAAUAUGGCCGACGCAGAUGAUAUCGAGAUUCAGCCAACGGAAAUGCGAGAUCGGUCUGAACAAUUCAGAAGGUGCCAUUUGCUCCAUCCUAAUUUCCAUACUCUCACUAUUGAUUCGGAGAAAUCCGAUCUCGAGCGGUGGAUUCAGAGUGAAGCCGCAGAAGUCAUUGCGCAAUGUAUGGAGCUCUAUGUGGGAACUGAAAAACCAAUCGCUGCAUGGUCACUUCCAACGGGGGCAAUAGAUGACAAACGAGGACUGGCCACUGUUGGGUCUGAGGAAGCCAUUGACUCAGCUCUCCUCCAUCGGUCAAUGUCUGGGAUGCUUCUCAUGGAUGGGUACCGCUCCGAGCUUAAGGGCAGAAACGAUUCUUCAUCCACGAUAGCUCGACUGGACUCCAAGAUUAGCCUUGUGUCAGAUUGGGGCAGUCCCGAGAUUAGGGGGCGUGCGUCAACUCCCGAUGGCCAGGGACUGCUAGCCAAAUCGACUUCACAUUCACAGCUACGAGAUAUCAUGGAUGCAACGAGGGGAGCCAAGGUUCGGCAAUCCAUAUCAACAGAAGGGAACGAGUCAGAUACCACAAGCCAUCAGGAUAUGGCCAAGGAACAAAGCAUAGGGCAGUCACAGCCUCCAGUAGAGAGUUCAGACCCCACGCCUCUGGUGGCAGAACUCGCGGCCCAAGUUUCCCAUCUACAACGCCAGAGCUUCAUGUUACAGAACGAUCUCAGUUUCGAGAGAUAUCAGAAGCAGCAGCAUAUUGCGCAUAUCGGAGAGCUGCGUAGGAAGCAGGUCUCCCAGGCUGCGACUGAGGCAGAGACUCAAAAUCUCAUCAUCAUGAAUCGAAAUUUCAAGGGUCGGUAUGAGGAAGCUAAGAAGGCAGAAAUGCAGGUCCGCAAAGAGUCGGAGAAGAGCCGGGCAGUGGCCAAAAAGUGGGAGGCAGAUCUCUCGACCAAGAUGAAGAACCUGCGGGACCAAUAUCAAAAAACUGCCACCGAGCUCCAGGCUGUGCGUACAGAUCUGGAAGCGACACAGCAGGAAUGCGAGAAGCUCCGCCAACUUGUAUGUGAUGGCGAGGUGAAGGAACUCAACUGGAAACAAAACAUGCAGUCUAUUGAGCUGCAUGCUGCUGAGGUUGAAAGGCUACGAACCAAGGCUGAUCGCCUCGGCCAGGUAGAACAAGAGUGUCGAAUGAAAGAGGAGGAGCGUUCUGCAGCUGCUGACGCUGCGGUGUUUGCUGAAAACAGAGUGGAGGAGAUGAUUAUGAAACUUGCCGCGAUCGAGAGUGAAUCACAGCAGACCAGGAAUGUCUUCCAGGAACAGAUCGUUGAAUUGCAGGCGAAACUAGCCCAGGCACAGGAGCAAGUGAAGCCUCCGGUGACUAUCCAGAGGCCAGAAAUCCAGGGCAUCCUGGAGUCAAGUCGAGCAAGGCACGCAGAGAUGCAGCACCAGUACGACAUGCUGAUCCGAAAGUACACGGCUCUGCAAUCUUCUCUGUUAGAUAUGCAAUCUGGAGCAACCCCAGAGCAGAUCAAGCACGAGGUAUCGAGCGGACCACUUACCGGGUCUCCAGAGUAUCCGCCGCAAGGUUCAACUAGUCCUGUUCGGACAAGGAUACGACCUCGGGUGUUUUCCAAUCCUGAGGCCGCUCCAGAUGCUACCUCCUACAACGUGACCCCUCCCUUGGAAGGGAAAUUGGGUAGUGUAGGAGCGUCAAGUUCUGGGGGCGGUGUGCAAAAUGCUAUUCGCAAGGACGGGAAGGGCAAACAGAAAGAGGAGGACGUUGCUGCAGGCAGCACUGGAGGAAAGAAAGAGAAGAAGUCUUCUGGGCUUCGAGGAUUUCGAUCGGGGGUAAACGACUUUGUACGUGGGAAGACGGAUUAG